AUGGCCAGCAGCUCCAAGUCUUUCCUGGCCGAUGCAGGCUACGGUGAGCAGGAGUUGGAUGCCAACUCCGCCCUGAUGGAGCUGGAUAAAGGCCUCAGGUCUGGCAAGCUCGGGGAGCAGUGCGAAGCUGUCGUUCGUUUUCCCAGGCUCUUCCAGAAGUAUCCUUUCCCUAUUCUCAUUAAUUCAGCUUUCCUAAAGCUUGCUGACGUUUUCAGAGUAGGAAACAACUUCCUGAGGCUCUGUGUACUGAAAGUUACUCAGCAAAGUGAAAAGCACUUGGAGAAGAUCCUUAAUGUGGAUGAGUUUGUCAAAAGAGUUUUCUCAGUAAUUCACAGUAAUGAUCCUGUUGCUCGGGCUAUUACACUUCGGAUGUUGGGCAGCAUGGCGUCUAUUAUUCCAGAAAGGAAGAAUGCGCAUCACAGUAUUCGUCAGAGUUUGGAUUCUCAUGAUAAUGUGGAAGUUGAAGCUGCUAUAUUUGCUGCUGCCAAUUUUUCUGCACAAUCAAAGGAUUUUGCUGCUGGAAUAUGUAAUAAAAUCAGUGAGAUGAUUCAAGGUCUGGCCACACCUGUGGACUUGAAAUUGAAGUUGAUCCCUAUUCUACAGCACAUGCAUCAUGAUGCUAGCCUGGCCUCCAGCUCCAGGCAGCUGCUUCAGCAGCUGGUAACAUCAUAUCCCUCUACCAAGAUGGUCAUUGUUACUCUGCACACCUUUACUCUGCUUGCUGCUUCUUCUUUAGUUGAUAUUCCUAAACAGAUCCAGCUUUUGUUGCAGUACUUGAAGAAUGAUCCGAGGAAGGCUGUGAAGAGACUCGCAAUCCAAGAUUUGAAGUUGUUGGCCAAUAAGACACCACAUACAUGGAGCAGAGAAAAUAUUCAGGCGCUCUGUGAAUCUGCUCUUCACACUCCUUAUGACAGCUUGAAACUGGGCAUGCUAUCUGUUCUUUCCACAUUAUCGGGGACCAUUGCCAUUAAACAGUACUUCAGCAGUGCUCCAGGUAAGAAAACUGCGACUGCAAAGUCAUUUGAUUUGGUAAAACUAGCACAGGAGUGCUGUUACCAUAAUAACCGUGGCAUUGCAGCUCAUGGGGUGAGAAUUCUGACUAAUAUAUCAUCCUCUUGUCAGGAAAAAGAUCUUCUGCCUUUGGAGCAAGAUGCAGUCUUUGGCUUAGAAGCUCUUCUUGUUCUUUGUAGUCAAGAUGACAGUCCAGGAGCUCAGGCAACCUUAAAGAUCACGUUAACUUGUCUGGUGAAGCUGGUCAAGUGCCGUCCUCACCUGAGCCAGUCAGUAGUUGAAUGCCUGCUGACCCAGCUGCACAGUGCCCAGGAUGCUGCUAGGAUUCUCAUGUGCCACUGCUUAGCAGCUAUUGCUAUGCAGCUGCCUGUGGUAGCAGAUGGGAUACUAGAAGACCUAAUGGACCUGUAUAAAUUAAUUGGACAGUCUGCUACAGAUAAAAAACAGGAACUGCUGGUUUCUCUUGCCACGGUGAUAUUUGUUUCUAGUCAGAAAGCUUUAUCUUCAGAAAUCAAAACUGUUAUCAAACAGCAGCUUGAGAAUGCCUCUAAUGGAUGGACAGCAUACAGGAUAGCCAGGCAGGCUUCCAGAAUGGGCAACCAUGACAUGGCCAGAGAACUGUAUCAAAGUCUGGUGACUCAGGUGGCUUCAGAACACUUCUACUUCUGGCUGAACAGCUUGAAGGAGUUCUCCCAUGCAGAACAGUGCCUGACAGGUUUGCAGGAGGACAACUACAGCACAGCACUUUCUUGCAUUGCAGAAGCUCUGAAAUCCUAUCACAAAGGAAUAGCGUCACUGACGGCUGCUAGUACGCCACUUAAUCCUCUGAGCUUUCAGUGUGGAUUUGUGAAACUCAGGAUUGACCUUCUGCAAGCUUUUUCUCAACUUCUUUGUACCUGCAACAGCCUGAAAACAAGUCCACCACCAGCUAUUGCCACAACAAUUGCUAUGACAUCAGGAAAUGAUCUCCAGAGGUGUGGGCGCAUCUCGAACCAGAUGAAGCACUCAAUGGAGGAAUUUCGAAACCUGGCUACACGGUAUGCUGAUCUGUAUCAAUCAUCUUUUGAUGCAGACUCAGCAACUCUAAGGAAUGUAGAACUACAACAGCAGAGCUGCCUGUUGAUUUCACAUGCAAUUGAAGCUCUGAUUUUGGAUCCAGAAUCUGCAAAUUUCCAGGAAUAUAGCUCAAAUGGAACAGCACAUGUUGAGAGUGAAUAUGAAAGAAGAAUGAUGUCUGUUUUUAAUCAUGUACUGGAAGAAGUAGAAUCUCUCAACAGGAAGUAUACUCCGGUGUCUUACUUGCAUACAGCUUGUCUGUGCAAUGCUGUCAUAGCAUUGUUGAAGGUACCUCUUUCAUUUCAAAGAUACUUUUUUCAAAAGCUGCAGUCUACAAGUAUUAAGCUUGCUCUGUCCCCAUCCCCAAGGAACCCAGCAGAACCUAUUGCAGUACAGAACAAUCAGCAAUUGGCCCUAAAGGUAGAAGGAGUGGUUCAGCAUGGAUCUAAACCAGGCCUCUUCCGUAAAAUCCAAUCUGUCUGUCUAAAUGUCUCUUCAGUGCUGCAGAGCAAAUCUGGACAAGAUUAUAAGAUUCCCAUUGACAACAUGACCAAUGAAAUGGAGCAGAGAGUGGAACCACAUAACGACUACUUCAGCACUCAGUUUCUGUUGAACUGUGUGAUACUUGGCACCCACAACAUCACAGUAGAGUCCUCUGUGAUAGAUUCAAAUGGUAUUGUCUGGAAAACUGGGCCUAAAACAACUAUUUUUGUUAAAUCUCUUGAAGAUCCAUACUCCCAGCAGGUUCGUCUUCAGCAACAGCAAGGACAGCCACCAUCACAGCAGCAACAGCAGAGAACAGCAUAUUCACGGUUUUAAUUCCCAGAAGUGACUUUAUCUUGAUCAAUGGUGUUACAGUUUUUCUUG